UACAAGGCAGUAUAAAUAGGCAAUGAAUGGAACUGAGAUUAAAACAUCGCACUCUAGAACAGCGACAACCUCGACUUAGCUGGUGAAAACCAACAGGACAAUGCUGGACAAAGCUUCCCUCCUGGUUUUCUACUGUCUGACUGUACACACGAUGUGUUCACCGAUAUAUCCAGCACGAAGAUUUGAAAAUAGCUCUACCCUGGGGGGAAUGCUCAGUACUCCAGCAGAGCAGAGGGACAUUGCCCAAGCUAGGAGGCUCUAUGAGGACGAUGAGUCUGCCCUGGACUCCACUGGAAAACGAACUGAAAGACAUGCUGAUGCAAUAUUCACCAACACCUACAGGAAGGUCUUGGGUCAGAUGUCUGCAAGGAAGCUUCUUCAGACAAUUAUGGGCAAAAGACUUGGUGAUAGCAGCCUUGAGGAAGAGCCUGAGCUCUUAUCCAAGAGAAACUCUGACAUCUUUACAGAUACCUAUGCUCGUUACCAGCGGCAGAUGGCAAUUAGAAAAUACUUGGCUGAAAUUCUGGGCAAUCAAAGACUUGAAAAUAUAAAUAUAAGGCAGCUGCCUGAGGACUUUUCUGCAGCCCUGGAAGCAUAUUAUGGAAGCAACUCCUCUAAUGAUAAUUAAUUGAAGCAGUGUAAAUUCCUCAUCCCAAUGGAUCACACAUUUUCUUUCAGAUGGAAAUUCUUCAUUGAAUUAGUUUGGAUGUAAACAUUAUGAACUAGAUUUAUUGAUACAGUUCACUGUAAACAUUAUAUUUAUGGAAAUUUGCAAUGUGAUAUCAUAUUAAAGUUACAUCUGCACAAUUGGUGGCAUAAUAUACUUCUCUUUAAUCCAUUCUUGUUUGUAAUUAAAUCCUGUUACAAGUAUUCAUGAAGAACAGUAUUGUAACCCACAUUGUUAUUAUCUUGAUCUUUAUAUAUGUCAUCAAAGCUUUCUUUCAUAGUGUGUGCAAGGCAAAAUCGUGACAGUGAAAAUUCUUAGCUGAAAUGGUGUGUUCUCAAACUAUGGGACAAAACAUACAAUUCACUAAUAAAUUAUCUUUAAAAAUAAA